UUUGAAACUGUUCCCUCAAAAAAAAAAAAAACCUUGAAUUUAAACUGUGCUGGAUGCAUUGAUGGAUGCAUGGAUGGAUGCUUAUUGACGGUUCAGUUUCCUGUUAAGACGUCAUUGGUGGGUACCAUUCCUGGAAAAAAAUCACAAUCGUAAAACAACGCAUUCUUCUAAAACAAUUGCCGCAUUGACAACAUUUUUUGACACUUUUGGAAAAGUCUUCAUUUGGCUAUAUUGGCUGAAUAAUUUCCAAGAAUGGAGUUACAAAGCGCAAAAAACUGGAGCUUGAGACAACUCUUCACCAACUCGUUAACUAACUUGCCACCCUUAGGGCAAAUUGAUGUAGGGCGUGCUAAAUCUUCUAAUCUAUAUAUCGGAGUGGCCUCUCUAUCAUCCCGACAUGCAGCUUUCGUGGUGAACUGUUAUGGAAAUUUACUUUUGAGAGAUCUACACAGCAAUACUGGCACCUUUGUCAAUAAACAACUAUUACCGUCAUGCAAAAACAAACUACUGGCUCAUGGCGAUAUCGUGAGUUUCGGCGUUGCGCAUUACGAUGAGCAUUCUAUGCCCAAAGAAAUGAAAGAAUGUUUUUUCGAAGUAAUAGCAGAUGAUAGAGCAUCUGGAAUGGGUAUGGUAGAAGAUUUGACCGCAACCGUUGCCAAUAAUGGUAAACCCAUUAGGUCUGAUGACAACGAAGACGGCAAAGCAAAGUCUGGUAUUGAAAACAUAGAUCCAAAACCUAAAGAAAAAAAGAAGGUUCAUCCGUUGAUGCUUUCUAAAGAAGGCAAACAAUGCUCAACUCAACCUAUGAAAAGUGAUGGCGUAUUCAAAAAACCAGCAAACGGUUUCACUGCUUCUAAAAGAAAUAAUAAUACUGUUCCGAGUUUUAUACCAUCAGGUACAAAUGUUGCCAUCAAAAAUACUAUUAAAUUGUCCAAGUCAAAUAUAGCUAUUGAAAGUGAGAAAGAUACAGUUGAUUCAAUCAAACAAAAAUAUGCAGAAGGAAAAAAUAAGGGUCAACCAAUAAAACCAACUAAAGAAGGGAAUAAUCUUACUAGAAGCCUCGAUUUGUCCAAAAAACUAGCACAAGGCUCAACUGUUUCCAAAGGAAAAAAUACUGUUCAACCCCUGAAAACAUUCGAUGAAUUGUUGACUAUGAGAGGCAAAAAAAAGUCAGCUAACGCUAAUAAACUCGGAGAAAUUCCACCAAAUCAACCAUCGGAUAUGAUAUAUCAUCAGCAAUCUUCAGGCUUGAAAGAUCAUCUUUUAAAAACAACUAUGGAUCAACCAACCAAAUCAUCAUGCAAAGGACUGGUACAAGGUUCAACUGUUCUCAGAAGAAAAAAUACUGUUCAACCCUUGAAAACAUUUGAUGAGUUGAUGAAUAUCAAAGAUAAAGAAAAGCUUCCAUCAAAACCACAAAUUAAAAAACCAUCAUCAGAUGACCUAAAACUCACCAAACACAAACCAGCAGAGAAACAGCCACAGCCAGCUUUUCACAAGUCAUUAGACUCAAUCAAAGACGACCUGGUGGCUAAAAUAACUAAUCAAGAUUUCAAAAACUUUGCACAUACCAAAAAACUGGUUAUGUCCAUUGGUGGAAAAACCUCUUCAAAUUUUGAUAACCUCGAUGCAAACGCUAGAAGCAUUCUGAAAAAAAAUUCAGCCCAAACCAAUCCUAAUAAGCAUCAAUUGGAAAUGGAUCAAGAUGGAAAAAAGCGUUUUCACGCUGAAAAGAAAAUGGAAACAGGGGUGGCAUCAUCAUAAGAAUGGUGCUCGAGCAUGCAUCAUCACUUAGAUAAUAAGUACCUUCAGUUAUUUUUUUCAUUAAUGUAAAUAUGUAUAAUGAUAGUUGUUAGUUUAGUCCUGUCUUCCUUAAAAAGGAAAAACUCAUACAAUUUUGGCACCUAAUAGGAUAUAUUAACAUGAUCCACAAAAUGCUACUCAAGUUAAUCCUUUGAGAAUCAUUGGAAAAUGGCCAAAAAUUGAUAGAUAUUUAUGUUAGUUUAUUUUUUUAUUAGAUAAUAAUAGCAUAUAUGUAUUAUAGAAUAACAAUUUUUUUAAAAUAAUAACUAAUAAUAGAUACGUUUUUUGUUUGUUCUUGUAUAGGUAUUUAUUAUUUCGUAACGGGAACCUGAAAUAAAACAAAUCAGAAAUUAUCAAAGCAUUAUUAUUAUUCAUCUCCAACUUACGCAUUCCACAUCCAUUCCUAUCCACUUCCCAUCGAAUCCACAGCUCACACGAUACCUGGAACCCUUUCGUUUAAAACCUUCAGGACAGACCAAAAUGCAUUUGGCACCAACGCUGUUUCUAACAGUUUUCCUUCCAGAUUUUGUGAAAGUUCUCAGCGAGUGCUUCCUGGAGCAUUUGAAGUAGCCAUUUUGCGGUGGAAAAAGUGGUUUGCAGACAACUUCUCUGAAAGCUUCGUCGUUUUGAAGAUCAAAAGUUGAUGCACAUCUAUAAGAUCCUUCUGUGUUGAUGCAACCGUGAGAGCAGAUUUUUU